AUUCAAGUCACUAUUGAACGAAGAUGUUAUCAUUUUAACAAUAAUUAAUUCAUAUUUCUCUUUAAAAAAAAAAAAAAAAGAAAAGAAACCUAACUUCAUGUUUCUCCGCACGUCUAUAUUUCUCUCUUCAUGUAUAUAAGCCUCUCUAAUCUCUCUCACACUUCUAAUAAGCUCCUCGCUUUGAUCUCUUUCUCUCUAUCUCUUCACUUUCUUUAAUUGUUUAUACUGAAAGAAGAAGAAGAAGAAGAAGAAGAAGAAGAAGAAGGAGAAAAUGGUGAAGUUCUCGAAGGAGCUUGAAGCUCAACUCAUCCCAGAAUGGAAAGAAGCUUUUGUUAACUACUGGCAACUCAAGAAACAGAUAAAGAAGAUCAAACUAUCAAGGAAACCAAAACAACCCCAACAACCUAACCAUGACUUUGGUCUCUCCAUUUUCCAAAUCAUUCGAUUCUUCGCUUACAAAUUCUCCAACAAUUUCUUCCGCUCCGAUACCAAAACUGAGAUCAUCCAGGUAAACUAUAUGUAUACACUUCAGGAUGGUAAUGAUGAUAAUGAAGAAAUCUACCAAACUGAGCUUCUUCAGUUGUUCUUCGAGGAAGAUGAGAUGAGGGUGUUUUUUGAGAGACUAGAUGAAGAACUGAACAAAGUGAACAAGUUUUACAAGGCUACAGAAAGUGAGUUGGUUGAGAAAGGAGAGCUUCUUAACAGGCAGCUACAGAUUUUGUUGGAUAUCAAGCAAGUCCUCAACAACAGCUGCCGGAAGCCCAAUGCUGCCGGAAUUUUUAAUCCUCCUUCUUGGUCAUCUUGCCCCUGCAAUGCUGAGACCACCAAUGAAUCAAAUGACAAGCCUGGAGAAUCCUCAGAAACCGAUGAAAUAAUCGCAGCACUAGAGAAAAAUGGUGUUAAUUUUAUCAAUUCAGCGACAAUGUCGAAAACGAAGAUUGGGAAGCCUAAAAUGGCCCUGAGAAUAGACAUUCCUGCUACCACACCAACAAGAACAAUCUCAGCCAUUGCGUCAAUGCUCUGGGAAGAUUUGGUUAAUAAUUCCAAAAAGGAACCAGGUCGUCCAGGAGAUUUCAUUAACAGGAAGAAGAUCCAGUGUGCUGAGAAGAUGAUUAGAGGAGCAUUUGUGGAGCUCUAUAGAGGGCUUGGCCUUCUUAAAACUUACAGCUCACUCAACAUGGUGGCUUUUACCAAAAUACUCAAGAAAUUUGAUAAGGUAUCAAACCAGCAUGCAUCAGCAAGUUAUCUAAAAGCAGUGAAGAGAUCCUACUUCAUUAGCUCUGAUAAGGUUGUUAGACUAAUGGAUGAAGUGGAGGCCAUAUUCACAAAGCACUUCGCCGACAAUGACAGGAAAAAGGCAAUGAAGUUCCUCAGACCCCAGCAGCGGAAGGAGUCUCACAUGGUCACCUUUUUUGUUGGCUUGUUUACUGGUUGUUUCGUGUCCCUCUUUAGUAUUUAUGCAACCUUGGCACAUAUGUCUGGCAUUUUUAGCCCCAAUGCUGGAAGAUCAUAUGUGGAGACUGUCUACCCUGUUUUCAGUGUGUUUGCAUUGUUAAGCUUGCAUUUGUUCAUGUAUGGCUGCAACCUAUUCAUGUGGAAGAGUACAAGGAUCAACUACAAUUUCAUUUUUGAAUUUCAACCCAGCACAGCCCUCAAGUACAGAGAUGCCUUUCUCAUUUCUACCACCUUCAUGACCUCUGUUGUGGCUGCAAUGAUAAUCCAUCUUCUCUUAAGAGCAAAUGGCUUUCCGCAAAGCCAUGUUGAUGCCAUCCCUGGAAUUCUCCUCCUUAUUUUCACGGCCUUGCUCAUCUGCCCAUUUGAUCUCUUCUAUCGCCCAACACGUUACUGCUUCAUUCGUGUUAUUCGCAACAUAAUCUGCUCUCCAUUUUAUAAGGUUUUGAUGGUGGACUUUUUCAUGGCAGACCAACUUACCAGCCAGAUUCCAAUGAUGAGGCACUUGGAAUCCACGGCAUGCUACUUUCUAGCUGGGGGUCUCCGAACGCAUAGAUACGAGACCUGCAACAAUGGAAGGCUAUAUAGGGAUCUAGUUUAUGUCAUUUCAUUUCUGCCAUACUAUUGGCGGGCAAUGCAGUGUGCAAGACGAUGGUUUGAUGAAUGUGACUUGAAACAUUUAGCAAACAUGGGGAAGUAUGUUUCUGCCAUGGUGGCAGCUGGUGCCAGGCUAACUUAUGCUAGGCAGAAGAAUCACCUAUGGUUUGGUAUAGUGUUGGUCACUUCUUCUGUUGCUACAGUUUAUCAGUUGUACUGGGAUUUUGUCGAGGAUUGGGGCCUUCUCAACCCAAAAUCCAAGAACCUAUGGCUAAGAGAUGACUUGAUUCUAAAGAACAAGAGCAUCUACUACAUUUCCAUUGCAUUGAACAUAGUUCUGAGAGUUGUUUGGGUGGAGACUGUGAUGCGAUUCCGUUUCAAUAUUGUUGAGUCACGGAUGUUGGACUUUUUCUUUGCUUCUUUAGAGGUUAUGCGGCGAGGCCAUUGGAAUUUCUACAGGUUGGAGAACGAGCAUCUGAACAAUGUUGGCAAGUUCAGGGCAGUGAAGGCAGUUCCCUUACCAUUCCGCGAGACAGAUUCAGAUGACUGAAGGCUGAAAUGAUAUUCUAGAAAAUUUUAUGCAAGUGCCUGAUCAUUUCAUCUUGAGUAAAGUCUCUAGCAUGCUGACAUUAAGGCCCAUUCAAUACUUUGCUGCUGCAGUUAGACUGUGAUCCACAUGUAAAAUGGAAAAAAAAAAGUGUGAAUAUCCUUGUCAUUCUUCAUAGAUUCAAUUAAGUCUGUGAAUUGUAUAGCUCUUAUUGAAGAAAGAAAGCAUCAAAUAACAUGUUAAGUUUUGUACAUUUGGAAA